GGAAAAACGACUGCUGAAAAAACCCUAGCAGCAGCUCAAUUCGACAGAGCUCUAGAGAGAGAGAGAGUAGAGAGAGAAAAUGGUGUCAGGUUCAGGGAUCUCAGCAAAGAGGAUAGUGGUGGACGCUCGCCACCAUAUGCUGGGAAGAUUAUCUUCGAUUUUAGCUAAAGAAUUGCUUAAUGGACAGAGAGUAGUGGUUGUUAGGUGUGAGGAGAUUUGCUUAUCCGGUGGACUUGUUCGUCAGAAAAUGAAGUACCUUAGGUUCCUUCGUAAGAGGAUGAACACGAAGCCUUCUCAUGGUCCAAUCCAUUUUCGUGCUCCUUCGAAAAUCCUCUGGCGUACCAUUCGUGGGAUGAUUCCCCACAAAACUAAGCGUGGAGCUGCUGCACUUGCCCGUUUGAAGGUUUAUGAGGGUGUUCCACCCCCAUAUGACAAGAUCAAGAGGAUGGUCAUUCCCGAUGCACUCAAGGUAUUGAGGCUCCGUGCUGGACAUAAAUACUGUCUCUUGGGCAAGCUUUCAUCAGAGGUCGGAUGGAACCAUUAUGACACUAUCAGGGAUCUCGAGAACAAGAGAAAGGAGAGAGCUCAAGUAACAUACGAGAGGAGAAAGCAGUUAGCAAAGCUUAGGAUCAAGGCCGAGAAAGCUGCUGAGGAGAAGCUUGGUCCUCAACUCGCGGUUAUUGCUCCAAUCAAGUACUGAAGUUGAAAUAUAGUUUGUUUUGAAGUACAAUUUUGAUGUUUUGACAUUAGUUUGUUCCUUGUUAGGGGAUGCACUUUGCAUUUUUAGCAAUAUUUUCCUCAUUACAUCAUUCUCUUCCCUGAUUUUUUUCGUGUUUUUUUUGCUAUUAACAUAUGGAAAGUUUUUGUUAA